UAAUUAUAAUUGUCAAUGAUAAAUUCAAGUCUUAUUUUUGAUUAUCUCGUACAUCGUUGCCUUUGUCCUGAUCAACUACCUGCGAAGCGGGCACAGCUGCUUGUACACAAAAGAUUUCUGGGAAUUCCAGAACGGGUGGAAGGGAUACGGCGUCUUCCGCAAGGAAUGCCUGUUUGAAGUAGCAUUCGACCGUUGGUUUUCGGAGCAGCAAGUACUGUUUUUCGGCGUCGUGCACGAUUUUGUAGAAUAUUCGAUAAAAAAAGAUCAAAAUGUCGGGCGUGGGAGACGACGAGGUGCCUGGGCCUUCGACGGCACAAGAUGAUAUUGAAUAUUCUUUGUGCAGUGAAGUUUCAAAAUUACGAUUGAAGGAUGCCCUCGUAUAUUACGAGCAAAUUCUCACACAAAAUAAUCUUGUGGCACCAACACCAUCGGAGGUAAUUACUGAAGAGGGAAUGUUACUAGCAGAAGACUUGUUCCAUUAUACAGUACAAACUUUACAAGAAAAAAAGUUUGUAACGGAUGAAGAACUAAUUAUGUUUGAUGAAUUGGACGAAGAAUACGCUUUUGACGAGCCUGCAUCUGACAACGAAGAUUCUUCUGAAAAUUAUGAGCCAGAGGAGAAAAGGGCGAAAUUGUACACGGACAAUAUUCCGCUGGAUUAUAAAAGGAAAGUUAUCAAUAUAGUUCGAGCACAUCCGACAUGGAGCCUAAAAGUUCUGCAAAAAAACGGGUGCAGCCGCUUAAAGCGCAUGGAGGAAUUGCCAAAAUGGGAAAAACAUGUAAAAAGCGGAGGAACCAUGACAGACAAAUACGCGACCAUCGAUUCGUGGACUUACGAUCGCUUUGAAGAAGCGCGACAGAACAACCAACAAGUUACAACCCGGAACUUGCAGCAGUGGGCUUUAUCGGCUGCGAGUCAAUUUGAAAAUUUUGAUUUCAAAGCUUCCGAUAGGUGGGUUAUGAAAUUUAAACGGAAACAUCGAAUUCGCCAAAGAAAAAUCACGAAGUUUGUAACGGAAAGAGAAACCGCAACGCUGGAUGAAAUCCUGGAAGCUGCAGAAGAUUUUCGUAUCCAGGCUCGUGAUGUUAUACCAAACUUUGGUCCCGAUUUCGUCAUUAAUACAGACCAAACAGGAUGCCAAUACCAGUCGACGUUCGACAGAACUCUGGCGACCAAAGAAUCAAAAGUAGUGCUGGUAAAGCGGCAGAAUAUGAAUAAAGUCACCCAUUCCUAUACUGCGCAGUACUCUGUCACCCUAUCAGGAAAAUUGUUGCCCCUGGUGUUCGUAUGCCUACAAGAAACAACAGGUUCAUUUGGUCCCAGAGUUCAAAAAUCGAUCGACGAGUACCUAAAAAAAUACGGAAACGUCGUAGUCACGUCAUCAAAAUCGGGAAAAUUGACUACAAAGUUAUACAAAGAUUUUUUAAUCAACGUUUUGAAACCCUACGUAAAAAAAGAAAAGUUUUUCUUAAUUAUCGAUUCCUGGGGAGGCCAAACCGAUACUGUGAUGUACAGUGAGGUGUUUCGAAAUGACAGGCAUCUGCCUACUUGCACGGUGCAGGUAAUUCCACCAAAAUGCACUCCAUUAGUCCAACCUUGUGACGUGUAUUUUUACCGCCAAGUAAAAAAUUUCAUAAAGCGUCUGCAGAACUGCGCCUAUCUGAUUGAACAAGAACGUGAAAUUAAUGAUAGAGAAGAUUGCAUAAAAAUUCAUUCUAUUGUUCAUCAUCAGUUGUCUUCUCCGGUCUUCAAUAACAUGAUCAGAUAUGCGUGGUUUGCUUCGAAACUUUGCGAUCAAAGAGAAAUCUUCAUGAACGUGAAUGAAGUUUGUUUUCCGAUCGAUGUAUUGAAAAAAAAUUGCGAAUGUAACAAUGCAGCGUUUGUACGGUGUGCGAGAUGCCGUGAAAAUUACUGUUUUCCUUGUUUUUACGAUGGUUACCACUCUGGCUCGUGUAACAUUACACCCGAUGUAUAAAACAAACGAAUACAGACCGAAUAAUAAAGUAUUCA